AUGGUGGGAAACAAUUCUAAAGGCGUACAGAAGAAGAGGAAGCUAGCUCCCUCUCGAAAGAACACUCGAUCAAAAGCAGUACGCUCUCCAAGCACGUCGGCUAUCAAUUCUAGCCCUCCCGAAAACCCCUCAGAGCCCUCUGCAGCCUCCCAAAACCUGAUCGGUCCCCCUCCGCCCAGAGGACAGAAGCGAAGAUCUGUUCCUGAAGACAAGCAGUCAGACAAGCCCAUAGAAGAGUCCAUAGAAGAGCAUCCAGACAAGCAACUACGGAAAGAUCCACAACACACGUCAAAGUCCAGCAAGCAACUCAGUAAAGCAAACUUGGAAGAACACAAUAGACUUCUGCGAUCGGGAACAGCUGACGAAACGAGACGCCCAGCGAAGAGACGGUUGCAGUCAUCAAGUAAUACCAGCAUGACCCGGGACACAGAAUCAGGACGCACGUAUGCAUCAACCGCAGCUCAUUACCGCUUCGGUACGCUCGAAUAUGCAAGAAUCUUCAUUAGGCCUGGACCUCCGCCCAAGAAAAUUCAAUCUCUGGUCGACGCUGUCAUCCAGCGUAAAAUCAAUGAAGAUAGGAAGCGCGAACUAGAGCGCAUCGCCCAGUCUCUACACCGCGAUAUUAUCGAUUGUCUCUGUGGAGCAGGCAGGGAGGAUGAUUACAUCGAACCGAUCCAACGCGCCCUAUCUUCAAUGGACAGUGAUAGGAAGUUCCAUUUUCCAAGAAAAACAGACUGGGAAGCAAGCCUAAAACCCAAUAUCGAGCCAUCCUCGUUGAGUUUGAAUUUGAAUUUCCUUGCAAAGUUCAAAAAAGUAGCAAAUAACGCUAUUACCUCGUCGAAGAAACGAAAAGCCAACAAAUCUACGCUUUCCUCCAAUGCAUCCCAGCUUGCCGUCGAGCCCUCUUGCACCCCAGUCCAAUCCGAACCGAAAGUCCUGGCCGUGAAAACCGCUCGUCCGGAUAUUACGGUCGGUCUUCUUCACGAGACUGUGUUAGAGGCAUUGGCAGCGCGAGGUCUUGGGAGCCUUAGAGCCACAUUGUUCUUGAAAAACUUACAAAUGCAGCAGGUACUUUAUUCUAAUCCUACCCAGCACGACCUACCGAUCCGCUUCCCGACGAUGGUCAUCGAGGGCAAGUCAUACGCAACUGGCAAGCCGAUAUUUGACGCGCAAAAUCAUGCCGCUGUGUCCGGAAGCUGCAUGAUCAAAUUACAACAAGAUCUUGCUUAUCUCGCCGGUUGCACCUCUUCCGAGUCCUCUUCUCCCCAAAAAGCACCUCUGGCCUUCUCGAUCUGUACCGAAGGACCCCACAUGGAGCUGUGGGUCCAUCAUACUACAUCGGAGGAGAGGAUCUGCACGUACAAUAUGAACAUCUUAAGAACCUGCCAUGCGUCCAUUUUAAAAGGAGUGACAGAAUUUUUUAUGGUGGUCGACAACGUGAUGAGGUGGACUAGCGGUGACUUUCUCAACGACAUUGCCCAGAAACUGGCCUCGGCGGCAACUGCUGAACGGGAGCACCAGUAG